AUGAUCGAAACAUACAGCCAACCUUCUCCCCGAACUGUGGCCACUGGAGCGCCCGUCAGCAUGAAAAUUUUUAUGUAUUUACUUACUGUUUUUCUUAUCACUCAGAUGAUUGGGUCAGCACUUUUUGCUGUGUAUCUUCAUAGAAGGUUGGACAAGAUAGAAGAUGAAGGGAAUCUUCAUGAGGAUUUCGUAUUCAUGAAAAUGAUACAGAGAUGCAACAAAGGAGAAGGGUCCUUAUCCUUACUGAACUGUGAGAAAAUUAGAAGCCAGUUUGAAGGCUUCGUCAAGGAUAUAAUGGUAAGCAAAGAAGAGGAAAAGAAGAAAGAAAAUAACUUUGCAAUGCAAAAAGGUGAUCAGGAACCUCAAACUGCAGCACAUGUCAUAAGUGAGGCCAGUAGUAAAACAGCAUCUGUUCUACAGUGGGCAGAAAAAGGAUAUUACACCAUGAGCAACAACUUGGUAACUCUCGAAAAUGGGAAACAGCUGACCGUUAAAAGGCAAGGACUCUAUUAUAUCUAUGCCCAAGUCACCUUCUGUUCCAAUCGGCAAGCUUCGAAUCAAGCUCCGUUUAUAGCCAGCCUCUGCCUGAAGUCCACAAGUGGAUCCGAGAGAAUCUUACUCAGAGCGGCAAAUACUCACAGUUCCUCCAAACCUUGCGGCCAACAAUCCAUUCACUUGGGAGGAGUAUUUGAAUUGCAACCAGGCGCUUCGGUGUUUGUCAACGUGACUGAUCCAAGCCAAGUGAGCCACGGGACUGGCUUCACAUCUUUUGGCUUACUCAAACUCUGA